CAGCCACCCAUUUAUUGACUCGUACUGCCUGACUGACCUUCGUCAUCUCCGCUUCUACUUUUCCUCUUCUUCAUCCUUAUCUCAGAUUCAGACCUCAACCCAGGCAUUCACUUCUCCCUUUGUUGCACGGUUGAACCCACAAGACUAUGACCUCUCCACGUCCAUAACCACGACCACGACCAUCGCAUACUCACUCACUACACUAUUUACUCCGUCCGCACUGCCAACCACCACCACCACCGUCCAAACAACAACAACAACAACCACCCCCAAAAAUGCCACCCACCCAUCUCUCCCCCCGAAUACCCCCCCAAACCAUCCAACAAAACCACGCGCGCAACCCCCGCGAAUUCACCACCCUCCCCUCGACCUACAGCUACACCCCCAACCUACCGGCCGGCACAAUCGUGGGCAUCGUCCUAGGCAGCGUCCUCGGCUUCCUCCUCCUCCUGUACCUAAUCUAUCUGGCCCUGACCUCCGGCCGCAAAUUCUCCCCCUCCACCACCAACGGAGACGGGACGAUCCUCUCCGGCAGCACGACGUCCUCGCCCUCGUCGCACUCCGAGAUCAUCGUGGAAGAGAACCUCAGCUCGACGCGGUCGCCGCGCUCGCACCGGUCGCGACGGAGCCGACGGCCCGGGGGCGGGGGUCGCACUCGCCGACGCGAGGAAAUCGUCGAGGAAGGGUACCUGCCCCCGCACGGACGGCUCCACCCGCCGCAUUCCAAACAUCAUCAGCGGAAUCGCCAGCACCCGCCGGAGAUGGUGGAGGCGAGUGUGGUGUCCAGUGAGCGGUCGGAUGUGGUGACGGUGAUGGAGGAGCAUUCGAGUGUGGAGGGCCCGAGGAAGCCGCGGAGGCCCGGGAAGGGGGGCUAUCGGGCGGUGGAUCUGGAUGCGGUGGAGGGGUUGUCGGUUGAUGGGAGUUUGAGGUCGUAGGAUUUGGGGGGAAUGAGGGAUGGGAUGGGACGGUGUUUUUGAUACCCUUGAGUUAUUUUCUUGUGUUUUACUGUGAUUCGUGAGUCGUGUUGGGGUGCUUUGCAAUGGAUGGAAAGCAUGAGUAAUGAUCUAAUGCUGCAUUUGCAUGGAGAGUUUUACUGAGAUUAGGUCUAAUGAUUAAUGAUGACGGUUGAUGAUGCCCG